AUCCGCCGCGUUCUUUCUCUAUUAUUGACGUUCACCUCCUCUUUGUAUCGCCCAUCAAUGGCUGCUCAGGCGACAUUCAAGUCCAUCAAGGCGGUCAUCCCGCUCCUUGACCGCGUUCUCGUCCAGAGAUUCAAGCCCGAGACGAGAACCGCGACUGGCGUUCUCCUUCCUACUUCCGCGACGAACAGUCCUCUCCCGGAGGCGACGGUGAUUGCUGUCGGCCCUGGCGCGCCGAACAAGGAGGGUCAGGUUGUGCCUACUAAUGUGAAGGCAGGCGAUCGUGUGCUGUUGCCGGGCUGGGGAGGGAACUCGAUAAAGGUCGGGGAAGAGGAGUAUUACCUGUUCAGAGACUCGGAGAUCCUCGCGAAGAUUCAGGAGUGAGGUGCCCAGCUCGGUCGUGCGCGCGCGAAAAAUACAUAAGGGGUGUAGGAACGUAGAGAAUGUGUUGUCAUCUGCCA